CCCCCCCGAUUAUUUUAGUGGGACCCGAGUGAGACCUGGACCAGAAGGACCUGUCCGAGCCUGAGAACAGAACCAGAAGUGCCCCCCCGCCAGCGGAGCCGAGACAGCGUGCCCGCCUUCUGUCAGAUUCCUUGGUGAGAAACAGCACCAACCCUGGUACCGCCUUCUACUGCAGCCACUGACUGACUGAAGGUUGACCCGCCUGCUGUCUCAGACCUCGCCCUUCCCACCUCUGACACACCCCCGUCUCCGUUGGCAGGAUGGACCGAUCCGUGCAGGAGCUCUUCCUCAACUUCAUGAUCGUCUUGAUCACUGUGUUGCUGAUGUGGCUGCUGGUCAGAUCCUACCAAACUUCAUAGGGGUGACGAUGGUGUGGAGUAUGGAGGGGGUGAAGGUACCAGCCAUGAGAAGAGGUCAUGCAGAGUACCGCCCCCCCAACACUCGAAUCUGACACCUAAAUUUAUUGUGUAUCACUGUGACUAUCUUCCCUCAAGCCUUUAAAUGCAUCAACACUUAAACUUCUUUAAACAAGUUUAAAGAAAGAACGUUAAACAAAUUCAUUCUAGCCAAUAAUAUUUCUAUGCUUGUUUUAGUAUAUUUUUGUGUGUUUUUAGAGCAUAUUUGACAGGACAUUCAGCUAAUCUGCCUGUUUCCGUUUUUUUCUUGUACAGAAACUUUUAAUUGAUUAAAAAGGCUAAACUGUAAUUAAUUCAUGUGCAUCAAGGUGCCACACUAAUUAUUCAUGUUAAUCGAAAGACCUAUCAAUGUGAGAAAAAGGCCUGUUUACAAUCUCUGCAAUAAAAAACAAUGAAGUCA